AUGAUCAUCCAUCCGAUAGAGGAUACCAUCCAUUCUUCUCCGUACUCAAACCAACAAGAACAAUGUCCUGAGGUCCAAUUGCUCCAGCGUUUAGUUUGGGUUCAGUACCAGUCAUAUUGGUGGCCUGCACUACUGUUUCAAGACUAUUCCGAGCUUCAAGACUUUGUCGCAGAUGAAAUGGACCCGAUAAUGAAGGCGCAGAUGGCAGUGGCAAUCAUGCGACAAUUGAAACAAAGAAUGAAUACAAAAGUUGCCAGGCUACUUGGCAAGUCAACAAUCGAAGUUGUGGAAAUCACAACCAAAUAUCAUGAAUUUUACAUCAAGCUCCCUGAAUUCCUUCCAAAAGCAAUCGACAGGCCACGAUAUGGCAGAGAAACUCAGCUCUUCUUGGAUAUGCACAGAGCCUUGGAUCAAGUAGAAGUUAUCAUCAGUGAGAUCACGGAAAAACCAUUCUCCUUACUUCCUGGGAUGGGGUCUAUAACUUGGCUACAAAAAGCGCAAGCACAAGUUGCCAAACGUGAAUUCAGAAUGGAUAAGGGAGCCUGUACAUACUAUCCUGAACUACGGGAUAAAACAAAAGGCGACACUUCAAUCAGUCCAGUAGCACAGGAACGCCCAAUGGCUGACCUCAUACAAUCACAACAGAGCCCGAUUCCUUCACAUAUCCAACAACAAUUCCAUCGUGGUGGUCGUGACGCGUCAAAUCAAGACCAGAUGCUUCAACAAUACCAAGCUCUUUCGAAACUAGCACACGAUCAUUCCGAUGACCAAUCGGUAGAAUCCAUGUUUUCAACAGGCGUUGUUCCUCCCGAGCGCACUUCUUCGGGAAAAGCAGUUAGGGCAAUCAAACACAUUGACAGCGCUUCCACGAAACUGAAAAGCAAUCGAACGAAACAUUCGGCUGACAAACGAAUAGGACGAAAGUCAAUGCCCAGCAUACAAGAGCAGCGAGUGGAAGGGAGAGACGAAAUGGCUUCGCGCACUCAUAGAAUAACGUCUGAUUCACGAAGGGAGACGACCGCACCUGAAACGACGAGCCUACGGAAAAUUGGUGGACGAGUCAGAGCACCACUAGCCCGUCAGACAAAAGCUGGAAUUCGACGUCCACCAAUGACAUUAGCAAAGGAAAUGAACCGUGUUGCCGUUCCAACUAAGUCCCAUGACGGGCACAUUCGACGGGUCCAAGAAUACCUACUUCAUCAACAAAUGUCGGUUACUAGUGACCAUGCUGACGAAGCUGAGGCAUGCAUCGAUGCUACUGACGGUCAUCAUCAUCAUCAACAACAAAUAUUGCCAAUUGCAACGCCCGUGAGUCAGGAUGAUUCGAGUUCUGAGGCAUCGAGGAACAAUAGUAUCCGUUCUAGGAACAAUAUCCGUCAAAAUGAUCAUGCUGGCAAUGUGAUUCAGAUGUCAGAUCAGUCUGACAUGCAAGAUGACCCCCCUCGACCAAAACGUGGUGCUACCAACAAAAUACUACGGCAUGGUCCACCCAGGCCAAGUCCAAGUGAGGAAAGGGAAGAACCUACUGGAGAUUCCUUUAGCAAUGGAACAGAUGCUACAUCCAUAGUGGACCAUCGAACAGCAACGACAUCCCAAUGUUCUCAUAGGAGGAGGCGCCAGACGGGGGAUCUGGAAUCUGCAGCCAUAUCCUCCAGCAACUUUGACGACUAUCUCUCACAGACAGAAAAAACGCUCGAGCUCUUAAUCAAGAGAGAGAGAAGUAGCUUACAAAAGCAGCUGCAACGUGGAUCCCAGCGAAGAUCUGCGGAACGACACUACAACAAUGGUGGGCGUGAUCACCAAAGGUCAAGGAGCGGUUGUCGAAGAUCAACAGAGCAACGACUACUAGACCCCAGUGGGUUCUUUGAUGGUUGUUUUCUUGCUGAUGAAGACCAAUAUGAACCAUCUGUGGCUACGUCCUAUGCUGACGAUACGACAGCAUCGAUUGAGAUUCUUCCAGGUCUGGAAGGUGACGAUAUCAUUCCUGGUCUGUCGGCUAGAAUCAACAGGAUGAUGGCCGAUAGGGGGUUUAUUUUCAGUCAAGAGCGACCAAGAGCCGCCAAGGCCCAUCAUAGUCGCAAAAACAAGACUGUUCCAAUUGAAAUCUUACCAGGAUUGGAAGGAGAUGACAUUGUGCCAGGCCUGAAUUCGGAGAUCAACAAGUUGAUUGCAAAGAAGGGUUUCUUUUCCCGCCAAGACGUUCUGAACCUGAUUGAAGAACUAGAAGAGCCAGAUGAUGAGAGCAUUUCUAUCAAUUGCUUCGAUGAGUUUACUCGGCAAAGAGUACGGGAUAAAAAGCGCUAA